AUGGAACCGGACUCGACUCUCCGCAGUCCUCAGACCACCGUCCACGACCGUCGGAUCCAUCAUCACACCCAGACAUCACGAUGGCCGAAUCAAUUCAAACCGCGCGUUCGAUACGCCGCCACCGAAAUCUCGCCCGCGAAGUCGGCUCGCGCCCGCGGUGCCUACCUCCGCACCUCCUUCAAGAACACCCGCGAAACCGCCCAGGCCAUCAACGGCUGGAAGCUCGAGCGUGCUCUUGCCUUCCUCGAGAAUGUGAAGGAGAAGAAGGAGGCUGUUCCCAUGCGCCGCUUCGCUGGCUCCACCGGCCGCACCGCACAAGGCAAGCAGUUUGGCGUAUCCAAGGCCCGCUGGCCCGUCAAGUCCGCCGACUACCUCCUCGGCCUCCUCAAGAACGCCCAGGCCAACGCCGAUGCCAAGGGUCUCGAUACCGGCAACCUCGUCGUCAAGCACAUCCAGGUCAACCAGGCCCCCAAGCAGCGGAGGCGGACGUACCGCGCCCAUGGUCGCAUUAACCCCUACAUGUCCAGCCCGUGCCACAUUGAGCUUAUCUUGACCGAGGGCGAAGAGGUGGUUCAGAAGUCGGACGCCGUGGCUGGCCGCUAUGCCCAUCUGAGCUCGAGGCAGCGUGGCGCCCGCGUCCGCAAGGCGCUGACCGCCGCCUAA